GUGUAUAUGCCCCCCUCCUCCCUCCUCACUUGUUCUCGUCCUCAUUCCUCAGAUCUUUACGGAACGAUGGGACGAACAAAACCCAAUAAACAGCCAAUCUCCAAAGCCCAUGGAAUCAAAUCUAAACCGGCUACAUCGAAGUCUCCCUCCAUAGAAUCCUUACUAGAAAAAGCCCAUUCUCUCGUUGUCCAAUGCGAUUAUGAACUUGCUUUACGAUUUAUUCAACGGAUAUUAGAACAACAGCCAUCUCAUGCAGAUACAAAGGAAUUAAAAGGUGUUGUUCAGUUGGAAAUGGGUGACGUUGAGAGUGCAAAGCAGACCUUUAUGUCGCUAUUACCUCCAAGUCCAGAUGCCCCAUCACCCCCACCAGCUUCUGCACACUUGUAUCUCGCUCAAAUAAACAGUGACGACCCUCAAUCGGCUCUUCAACACUAUCAAGCAGCGAUAGACAUCAUGUCUUCGCAAGUAAAGGGGAAAGAACGUGCGGUAGAUGAUGGAAACGACGACGAUCUUGAACUUAGGACUAAUAUUGUUCGAGCUUUCAUUGGACAAGUAGAGAUUUGGAUGGAUCCCUCGCAUGAUCUCUGUUUCGCUCCUGAAGCAGAAGAAACCUGUCAGGAACUCCUUUCAUCCGCGUUACGAAUCGAUCCAGAUAACUCCGAAGCAUUACAAGCGCUGGCAUCCGUACGAAUGUCACAGCAACGUCCUGAGGAAGCGAAAGAAGUUCUAGAAAGGGCUUGGUCGUCGUGGAAGGACCUGGAUAUAGACAAUCCAAAGAUUCCACCGAUCGAGACGCGAUUGGCACUUGUCAAACUCUUCUUGGAAUUAUCCCUAUUUACGCCAGCUCUGUUGGUUCUCCACGGUGUCAUGUCCUCGGAUGAUGAAGACGUCGAGGCCUGGUAUCUAGAGGGAUGGUGUUAUUUCCUCAUGGCGGAGCAAGCGAAAGAAAGUGGAGGUACCUUGGAUGAUCUUUCAUGGGAGGAACUUGCCAAGGACUCUAGAGAUCGUUUGGAAACAUGUCAAUUGUUACACAUUAACGAGCAACAUCCUGACACUCCGCUAUUGGACCAUGUCAGGGAGCUCAUCGCCAAACUGGACGCUUUGGGAAUUAAGGUAUCUACUGAAGAAGAUGGGGCGGAUGGUGAGGGUGAAUGGAUUGAUGAAGACAGUGCGGAUGAGGACGGUGACGUUGAGAUGUCCUGA